AUGAUGUUUUUUUUAGUUCCUGGGAGGGUUCGUGUAGCUGUUAGGUUAAGGCCAAGCAGUGGCGAGGAAAUGAUCGCUGAUGCUGAUUUUGCUGAUUGUGUUGAAUUACAGCCUGAGGUAAAGAGGUUGAAACUAAGGAAAAACAAUUGGGACACUGAUACUUUUGAGUUCGAUGAAGUACUCACUGAGUAUGCUUCUCAUAAGCGAGUUUACGAAGUUGUGGCAAAACCUGUUGUCGAGGCUCACGCAGGGGCUGCUACUCCGGUGAAGCUAACAUGGUUCUCGGGUGACAAUGGCUUCCUCUCCGGUGAAGAACAUGGGCUGGUGGCGUCAAUGGUGGUAGCUCACGUCUUCUCCAAUGGCAAAAAGCACGAGCUCAUGAACAAUGAUUAA